UCACGUGAUUUUGUAAUCAGGAUCUGGGAGGAAGAGUCAUGAAUCUCGCGGCAGCAAACGUGUUGGUUUUCUUGGUUGCUCUUACUCUACACACGUUGUCUGAAGUUUCGAGUUGUUCGUCAGGAUGGACUCACAGUGGAAGUAGCUGCUAUCGCCGUUUCACUACGAAGAAAACGUGGAAUUCUGCUGAAGCUGAUUGUGUCAAUGAAGGCGGACAUCUCGUAUCUAUCCAGUCAGUCAGUGAAAAUUUUGAGGUUUAUAUAUUAAGAGGAAUCAGCAGCAGCGAUCAUGUUUGGAUUGGAGUGAAUAGAAAAAGAGCACCCAACUCUUGGAUUGAUGGUACAACUUUUUUGUACGCACAUUUGAAGGACGACGACGACGACGACGACGACGACGACGACGACGAUCGACGACGACGACGCGACGACGACGACUCAGAUUGCUUAAGAAUGAAUAAAUUCAGUUUCUGGGCAUACGAGGAUUGCUCUAUCAGGUAUUACUUCGUUUGUGAAACUCCACUUUCGACUACGCACCCUCCUACUACCAUUGCAUCAUCAACACAAAUUUCUAGCUCCAACUAUUCCAGACAGUCGACGCUCGCAACAAAUUCUCGUGAAGAUAUGACACCAACAACAGCAGACGUGACUCUAGCACAAGAAACAAAUACGAACUCUUCAAACACGACAGUUUACGCAGCAGUCGCUGCUUCGAUUGGAGUUAUUGUUGUAAUAAUUUUUGCGUUAUUAUUUCUUUGGAAAAAAAGGGCAAGCAAGCGGGCUUCCACGACAUUUCAAUCAGAAAAACCACACGCAAGCAGCGUUGCUAAUAACUCUACCCAGGCAGGCGCUCACUUUACUAAAUUUGGGUCAGCAAUGGACGUGAGCGUCUACUAUAAUUCUACAACAGCGAUGAUAAAACCAACACAAGCAUCAACCCAAAGUGCAACUAGCGCUGUUCCAGGAGGUACAACGGGCGCUUAUUUUACUAAACAGGAAACAGCAAUGGACGUGGAGGUAAUGUACCGUGAGCUGGAGCCUACGUAUACAACAGCAACAACAACAACAACAACAAUGAACGAAUCAACACAAGCACCAAUAGAAGACGAAGAUGGGUAUCUAGUGAGCGUUACAGAAAACGUAACAAGAAAGAGAGACGAAGAGAAGCAGCAAGGCAUGUACACGUAUGUGGAUGCUUUAGAGGAAACUUCAAAAGAGCAAAACAUAUGUACAACUUCACUCAAUGGAAACGAUGAUGAUAAUGUAUACUGGGAACCGGCUUCUACGGAACGAGAACUUUACGGUCAACUCGAGGGGCGCAGAUUUAGGAAGAUCGACAGAAGUGACGUCACCGACAGAAAAAAGAUCGGAUCAGGAGAGUUUGGCGUGGUAGAGAAAGCAGUGUGGAUAGUGAAUGAUAGAGAGAAGCUGACAGUGGCGGUCAAGACUCUGACAAAUGAAGCUAACGCUAGUGAUCACGUCAAAUUUCUUCGUGAGGCAGCAAUUAAUGGUCAAUUUCGGCAUCGAAAUGUUGUCCGUCUUCACGGUGUUGUCACCGUUGGAUCUCCAAUAAUGCUGGUUUUGGAAUACAUGGAAAAUGGUGAUCUUAGGCACUACCUUGUGAGACAAAGACAAGAGGGGAACGAACAGUGUUGUCUUUUGGGAUUUAGGGAGAUGUUAUUGAAAAUGUGUCGUGAUAUCGCAAGUGGAAUGGAAUAUCUUUCACGCAAGUCUUUCGUUCACAGAGAUUUGGCUGCAAGAAACAUUUUGUUGAACACAGAGCUGACUUGCAAGAUUGCAGAUUUUGGUAUGACACGUGACGUUUCUAACGACAGCUACUAUGUGACAAAAGGCGGGAAAGUCCCAAUAAGAUGGUGUGCUCCUGAGACUUUGAAUUAUAAACGAUAUUCGUCAGCCAGUGACGUGUGGAGCUAUGGAGUUGUGCUCUAUGAAGUGUGGUCAGUGGGUCAACGUCCUUUUGGUUUAAUGAAAAACAGCGAGGUAAUGGGAAAGGUUGAGAUUGGAUAUCGUCUUCCUCCUCCUGCUGGAUGUUCUCGUUCUCUUUAUCAUCUCAUGAUUGACUGUUGGCAUCCUGAUCGCCAUGAAAGACCGAGUUUUGGGAACAUCGUUCAGAGGCUUGGAGGAAGUGAAGAAUUUCUUCUUACUAACAGGCAAGACGAGGAAGCGAUUGAAGGAAAUCUUGGAGACACGCUGGACGUGUCAAGAAACUGCUAUACAGACUUGCAACACAUUUAUGCAAAAUACUGAUUGUGGAAACGUCGUCUGUUUACAGGUACGCAUUUAGUAGGUCAGUCUUGUUUCUAGCUGCCAUGAUGUUGGCGAUAGAACUGUGGUUAUACUGUAUAGUUUAUACUAUUUCUACUGUAUCAUUGAAGA